GCGAAAAUGGUUCUGUGGCGCUGGGGUAAUUCCGCAGGUUAAACAGCUGCACUUGGCACACGCGACAGAGACAAAGACGCACGGGAGCGAACAGGUUGACGAAAGUUUUGACGGAGCCGAACCAAAGCACUGAGCUACUAUCAGGAUGGGCCGACUGUACCAAGUGGUGGUGACCGGGUUCAAAGGAGAAAGAAUGACCGUGGACCUGUGCAAUACCGACGAACAAAUGAGGAGCAUGACGGUGGAGCAGCUCAAAAACAAGAUAUCAGCCAAACUCCCUUCAAACACUGAACCGGAUCGGAUAAGUUUGAUCUUCGCAGACGAGCGGCUGGACGUAGAGACCAAACUUUUGACGGACUACGGCAUCCAGCACAUGUCUGUGAUCCAGCUGGUCCUGCAAGUGGACGGAGGACUGGCCCUUUAAACUGGACUCUGCUCCCGCUGCUGCCCUGCUCCUGACCUACGCACUUUGACAUCCAUUUUGAUUGUUUACGUUAUUGUUAUGUUCAUAAUGUAACUGCGUUGAGUUACAUGAAGUGUUUUGUUCAACGUUAAUAAAAUUAUGUUACCUACUCAA